CGCCAGGCAGCUCCGGCCCCUCGACGGUGCGUUCAGCUACUCAACAACCCGUCCAGAACCGCCAAUGUUAGCGCAACCUCUCGUCUCCUCCCUCUGCUACGCCAUCAAUACCAUGGCGCCACAUCGUUUCCCGCUUCCCGUCCUCCCUUCAGCCCUCCAGGCAGGUCUGCCUGAUCUGCCUGAUCUGCCUGGUCGUCGUGACACGUUCUCUCCUCGAUCACUCGCUCCUGCGUCUCUGUGCCCUCGUUCGUCCCGUCGAGAUCGAUGGUCUCUACCCUCUAUAAAUGAAGAGGCAUCGCCCAGCUCGUCCCAUUCUGUUGACGUAAAUGCCCUUCGUUGAAGCUGCUCGCCUCUGUUCUGUGCCCGGACUUAUACCAUCGCUGCUACGUUCUGCUAUGCCCACAUCCUACUCCCGUGCUGGAAUUUAUCUUGAAUACACACGCGCGCAUAUAGAUUGAUUCCCUUCCCAUCCCUAUUAUCAUUCUCCCUCUGCUAUUUGAAUCCCGAGCUGAGCCGAGCCGAGCUCAAGCCGCUCAUCAUGACUGCUACCGUCCUCCCCAAGCUACCCGUGGCUCACGAUGAGCUGGUCAAUUAUAUUGCCAGCCACCCUGAGGUCCCCGUGAGGCAGCUGAUGGAGCCCUAUCGCCAGUUCGAAGCCAAACUGCGUGAGGUCUACGCUCAGGAACGCACCAACCCCAUCCUCGACGACCCCUACCUCAAUAUCUUGCCCGUUUUCAACGAGAACACGCUCAAUAUCAAGACGCGUGCCCGCAAUCCCGAGGCCGAGCCUCCCGCUGAGAGGAACCGGUACAUCAUGGUUCUGCCUGACGAUAAGCGCCGCAAGAACGGCUCGCCCGCGGUCGUCGAGUCUCUCCGCGAGUUCCGUGACAACUUUAGCGUCUUCUCCGAGUCGUCGCUCGCCGAUAUGGACUGGAGUAACAUCGUUGCCGCCGGCUCCUCUGUUGUCAACUGCCUGCUCCCCGUCCCCGUGGAGUAUAAGAAAUCCAAGAGAGCUCUACGCCAGUACUACCAUGAGAAGUUCUGCCCAGCUUCCGAUGUGGAUCUGUUCUUGUAUGGCCUCACUGAGGAGCAGGCCAUCGAGAAGAUCAAGGAUAUCGAAGCCCGCGUUCGUGACGCGAUCCUCUCCGAGGUCACCGUGGUGAGAACCAAGAAUGCCAUCACGAUUUGCAGUCAAUAUCCCACCCGCCACAUCCAGAUUGUCCUUCGAGUGUACAAAUCUGUCUCGGAAAUUCUCACAGGCUUUGACAUUGACUGUUCCGGUGCCGCCUAUGACGGGGAGCAAGUUUACUGUACUCCUCGAGCUCUGGCUUCGUACAUUACCCAGAUCAAUCCGAUCGAUCUCAGCCGGCGAAGCCCGUCCUACGAGAACCGUCUGUCCAAGUACAGCCAUCGGAAUUUCGAGGUGUACUGGCAAGAGCUUGAUCGGUCUCGUAUUGACCCUACCAUCUACGAGCGCAGCUUCCAGAGGACGCUGGGGCUUGCCCGCCUACUCAUCCUGGAGCGUUUGCCAACCACGAGCGCCAGGGAGGAAUACCUCAGGAAGCGACGAGAGGAACGUGGAAGGCCAGGAAUGGGCUACCGCUACUAUCACCGCCUCGCAGGAAAUAUCAAGGACAAUCAUGAAGACGAAGUCGCCGACUGGGUGGACGAGGAAGAGGUCUCCAACUACCAUACCUUCACCGUCCCUUACGGCGCUAAGUUCCACGCCAAGAAGAUCGAAAAGCUCUGCUAUACUAAAGAUCUGCUUCUAAAUGCCGAAUGGAAUCAGCCCAAGGAAAGGGAGAUCUACCUCCAUAGACACCCUGCAUUCUUUGGACGAGUUAAAGAUGUCAUCGAGGACUGCUGCGGAACCUGCCCAAAGGCAAAGACUCCCGAAGAGGUUGAGCUAGCCGAGAAGGAAAGCGAGAUUUAUGUGUCGGGGAGGGUCUCUUUUCGCAUUGACGAUCCGGGUAGACAGCAAAUCGGCUCAUUCAACCCGCUUACAGAAGACGACUGGACGGAGAUGGCAUACGUGGGCAAUACAGCUCGCCUAUGCCAGGCUAUCGUUGACGAGGACCUCGAACAUGUUGAGGAUUGGCUUUCCCAAGAGGGUGCCGAUCCCAACAGGAGAGAUUACACUGGCCGAACCCCGUUGCAUCUCGCCGUCAUGAGCUCCACGCCCGAGAUCGUUAAAUGCCUGGUUGAUCAUGGUGCACGUCUCAUUGCUCGCCUGGCCGACGGUCGCACCGCGCUUCACCUGGCUGCGGGACGCGGGAACGUCGAAAUAGUCAAGGUUCUCCUGGAGAAGAGUGCCGCAAACGAGGAAGAAGAAGAGGAAAAGCGGGAUCAGCGCCGCAAGGCCCUCUACGCAGCACAUAAGGAGGCCCAGGAAGACAAUCCGGAAGAGGUGCUGGGCGUUACAAGUCCCAAUCGCGAUUCUGACCACGAGGACUCUGAUGGGGAGAUGGUAAGCAUAGCGGCGUCCGACGAUGACGUACAGACGAUCACCACAGCAUCGUUCGUCAAAGUCGACAAAGACGACGCUGCGGCGGGGGGUGCCGAGCCAGCAGCUCUCGACGACCAGGGAGAACCGGAUUUCUACAAGAUCGAUGUUGUUGCUUGGGAUUCGCACUGCAGCCCCCUACACCUUGCCAUCCUCGGCGGUCACUGCGAAACCGUCAAGCUUCUGUGCCAGGAGUUUGGCGCCGACGUCCUGCUUCCCAUUAAAUUUGGUGAAGGGACGUGGGACCAUCCCCACGUCGUGAUCCUCUCCAUGGUUUUGGCCUUGGCACUCUCGGUUGAUAAAGCCAUACGUAUGACCGAGACUUUAUUGAGCUUGGGCGCGACGUCUUCGCAGGCCGACAUGUAUGGUGUAACUGCGUUCCAUCGGUUUGUCCACAACGGAGUGCCCGAACUGAUCGAGAAACUGUGGGAGAACGAUAAGAUCGGCGUCAAGGCAGCCCUCAAUCACCUUGCCGUUCAGGGAACGUACUAUAGUAAUGGCCCUUGCGCCAGCCCGUUGCUGUCGGCUAUAGAAAAUGGCGACGCAAUCCUAGUUCUGAAAUUACUUGACGCAGGAGCGAAGCCCCAAAUAGAGUAUGACUCGUGGCUCAGGGGUGCCAAGCAGGUCUUUGAGAGGGAUCUCCGAGACUACGGCUCGAAUCUUAAGCUCUUCCGCAAGAGUGCUGACCAACCCCUGAUAGUGGCAAUUAGGUCACCAAAUCCGUCUGUCGCUAUCGAUUUACUAGAGAGGGGAGCAGAUCCCAAUGCUCUCACCAAGGUUGGCCAUCGUGCCUUGCUGGAUUCAUGGGCUUAUGCGCAGAACAAAGGCGAAUCUGCGCUCGAUGUCACUCGCAAUUUGCUGGACAAAUUUCGCGAGUAUGCAGAUGAGCUCUCUGGGUUGGAACAAACGUCUGAGCCCGGGAAGCCACCUGCUUUCUACAGCACCGUAUUGGGUAAAGAGUUAAUACCACCACUGGAACCUUUGGGAGCUCCGGAGUUCCUAGCUAAGUUCACCGAGGGGACAUACCAGCAUUGGUUGGUCUCCAGGGAUAUCGCCAAGGCACAUGACACCUACAAACAGGAGUUGGAGACGUUCGGUAAGCAGAGAGCAAAAGCUCUCAGUGGAGGGGGGUUGAAGAUGAAGUUGGAAGCCGUUGAGGAUAUUAUUUCUCAACUUGAAAGGGUUGAGAAGGCCCUCGAGGUGAAUGGAGCAAAGACUUUCAAGGAACUACAUCCUCAGAUCCAAGGGCCGAUCACAGGCACGCCUCAACAUCUCGAGCAGAAGCCCUAUUCUCUAGAGUUUACGUUUGGCAACGUCGUAGACAUCACAGACGCACGAAAGGCUGCCUAUAUCAAGCUCUUCGAAGCGGCGUGGGCUGGCGAUCUCGAAACGAUCAAGUCUCUAACCCUCGCUUCAUGGGACGCAGACCAGCAGGAGCCGCCCUUAAAGGUGGCUGUGUGGGAUAAUAGUCAUAACAAUCCCGUCUCACUAGCGUUUCUUAGGGGACAUUAUGCGGUCGCGAAAGCGAUACUAGAAAUCGCACAAGCACAAUGGGCACCGGCGGAUGAGAAGACGACUCGCUUCACGAUGAAUGGGGACCCUGAGGGGGAAUCGGAUGGAGAUUCGUACAACUCUGAUUGCGACUCCAACGAAGACGGACUCGGAGUACGUGAGAAGGUCAUCGAAGAUCAAUUCACAAUCGAGAACGUUGGCCAAGUGUCCAUGAAGGUAAAGAGUCAGACCCUUGCGAGCGCCGUCCUCACUUGGGCAACCCCAACCUUCACACUGCGUGACGGCGUACUGAAAAACACGGACCACCGGGAGAACCUAAUUACCUUCGCCAUACGUGAGAACGACGUGGAAGCGUUCAAAUUCUUAAUCAACCUAAGCAUCCAGCUCGCCAGAGAAGAGCCUGUUACUGAUAACGAGUCGAGCCGAUUCUACACGCUUCCUCGGAGCGAUUUCGACUAUGCCGUGCGCCUUGGCCGAAUAGAAAUGCUUGCGGAGGCUAUCAGGCGAACUGGUGCUGGCAUCCCUCUAGAGGACUUGGUGAAGAAGACGGGCACAGAAUUAAAGGUAAAGCCGCGCUAUUACCAAGGUUUGAACGUGUACGGGAAAAAGAGGGCGGAUUGGGCCAAUGCUGGCCGCAACCUCAUGCAUAGGCCUAGAGGCGGCAACGAGGCCCCGCCGUUGCUCACUGCCGCGGCUGAAGGCUCUCUAGAAUCCGCGGAAUGGUUUAUCAGCGACGCGCCGAUGAGGCACUACGCAGAAUUCGGCAAGUCGAAGGUUGCUAAGGAGGACCCCCGUCUUAAACAUCUCAACGAGGCGCGCGGGGGGUUUGACAGAGCUAUCGCUAAAUGGCUUGGUGUCCAAAAUGAUCUUGCCAUCCACUGCGUGGUAAUAAGGGCCAAGGAAGGGGAUGCCAAUAGAGUCCUCGAGUACCUGAUCAGGGUGUGCCCGGCUUCCUUGGAGGCCAAAUCCGCCCAGGGAUAUACUCCCUUGUUCCUAGCCUGCCGCCUCGGGAGAGUCGAAUUCGUAAAGGCGCUCAUCGAUGCUGGCGCAGACCAGUCCGUUAAAGACAAGGAGCUGAAUACCAUCGUCCAUGCCGCUCUAAGGAACAGGCCGCAUCUGAUUAAGCUACGGGAGCUCUUAAACCUCCUUGAUCCUGAUCUGAGGUCUCACAUGUUCCUUCAGCGAAACACCCUCUCUUCUGGUGGCAAUACACCCCUGCACUACUGGCUUCGGGAAGCCAAUCCACUCAUUUACACGUGGGACUACAGCGCAUAUUCGAGUCCGAAUAGAUGCCUCGACCGUGAGAAGGCAGAAAACGUUGAGGUUUUGCGCCUGAUACUCGAGUUUUCGGGUGGAGCUGAACUCGAUAUCUUAAACGGUUCUGGUGAUACCAUUCUGCAUACUGCCGUAAUUCUUCACCUCCCAGAACACAUUCGGGUGAUAUUGGCGCAGAAUUUCAACCUCAUAUAUCGCGAAAACGCAGUCGGCCGUACUCCGAGCGAGAUCGCCUACGACAUCUGGAUCAACUCUCGGGUAGAGACGGCGGAAAAAGUCGUGGCCAGCAGCGACGACGGGACUGAAAUCACGCGGCUAAAGAAGAGAUGCCCUAGGGACUUCCUUGAGAAUGGGUCGAAGGGGGCAAAGAAGCCUAGGCCGGACCGCAAGAAGCUCACGUGGGAUCUCUUCGAGGAACAUCUUGCCAAAGGAAGCGCCAAGCGCCGUCUCGUCAGUCUGAACGAGGCAAACGACGUGGCCAAGAGGCUGGGCGAGCGCUAUGCGUCGCAGCGAUACUUCUGGAAGGGGCCAAAGACCGAGGAGGAGGACGACGAAGAGCCGAAGCCCCAGCAGGAGGAGGAGCAGGUGGCGGAUUAUGUCCAAAAGAACUACGCGGAUUCGUCAGCAUGGCACUACCCCGUGGAGAAGCCCGAUGCUUAUUACUGUUUCGAUUGCGAAACAUACCACUAGUUGGAUCUCUCUCUCUGCCUCCCCCCCCCCCUCUCUUCUCUUUGUCAUGGACUUGAUUUUAGAUCGGCAGCCAACCAGUAUGGCAAAUCGUAGACGCUCGAGGCCGUGUCACUUGCGGACGGCUUCGAGAAGUACCAACGAGAUGGACCAGGGAUGAGCGGAACGGGAGGGUCGCAUUCCUUGACAUGGUUUACGAUUGGGGUCUCGCGUGUUUCUAUCUCUCUACCCAGAUUACCAAAUUGGAAAUUCAACUUGGUCACUAUCUUCCUCCCUAAUUGUAACCCUCGCGCGUAACUGGCCCGCCUUUGGCGACGCACCCGCGACUUGAUGGUUGAGGGAACAUGGGAGGGGGGAUACUGAUUCAACCCAACUCCUCCAUAACAGGAAGGACUGCGGGCUUCAGCCAACAUGGUAUCUCACUACUAAGAAUAGCGUACAAGAGAAAUAGUUGCCUAGCUAAUAUAGCUAUACUUAGGACCGACUUUCAUUCAUAUCAGGAAGCGAGAGGCCAUAGAGGGAAUA